UGUGGAAAAGACGGUUUCGGGUGCAAAAGUUUGUAUUAUUUUCCUCCUCCGGACGUCAGAGAUGCCCAGUGAGCGAGAAGCCGCUGCCGCCGCCGGUCUCCGGCCUGUGAUCGUCUCCGCAGCCUGCGCCGGGCCGCCACUCCUCUUUCUCCAGCGACCUUUGUCCCCGACAUUCCGCCAAGAUGUGGAGCUCCAACCGAGUGCGGCUGCUAUGUAUGCUCAGCCUGACCUUCGUGUUUUUCGUGGUGGAGGUGGUGGUCAGCCGGUUGACCGGCUCCCUGGCCAUGCUCUCCGACUCCUUCCACAUGCUGUCCGAUGUCAUCGCCCUGGUGGUCGGCCUGAUCGCCGUGCGCUUCGCCCAGAAGACCCGCUCCACCGACAAGAACACCUUCGGCUGGAUCCGGGCCGGGGUGAUGGGCGCCCUGGUCAACGCCAUCUUCCUCACCGCCCUCUGCUUCACCAUCGUGCUGGAGGCCAUCGAGCGCUUCACCGAGCCACAGGCCAUCGAGCAGCCGCUGGUGGUGAUCGGGGUCGGGGCCGGCGGGCUACUCAUUAACCUCAUCGGCCUGUGCAUGUUCCGGGACAGCGCCGGACACGGACACUCGCACGGAGGAGGAGGCGGCGGACACGGGCACGCGCACGGGGGGAAGAAGACCCGGGGCCGGGGGGAGAGAUCGGCCGAAGAGGGGGCCGCCCUGGACCGGGAGGAGACCAACAACCUGGUGGAGAACUGUGCCAACGGGCCAACCGUGGAGGUGGUGCCGGGGAAGCACGAUUCUUUGGCAGAAAAAGUGGAGCACAGAUCGAAUGGAAACCUGCAGACUAACAUGGGAGAAAUUAAUGAAGAUGGAUCUGAACUCAACAUGCGGGGGGUGUUCUUACAUGUUCUUGGAGAUGCGUUGGGUUCUGUCAUUGUGGUGGUCAAUGCUGUAAUAUUUUAUUUGGUUUUUAACCCCUGUCCACCCAAUGGACCGUGCUACAAUCCUUGUGUGCAUGACCACUGCACCGACCAUCCGCAUCUGAAUCACACCCCGGCAGCACUCAACGAUAGUGCAGAACACCCGCAGGUUACCAUCGCUGGACCUUGUUGGGUCCUUUACCUUGAUCCUUCUUUGUGUGUCAUCAUGGUGUGUAUAUUGUUGUAUACAACCUAUCCACUACUCAAAGAGUCUGCUCUUAUCCUUCUACAAACAGUCCCUAAACAAAUUGACAUCUCCUCUCUGAAACAAAAGCUCAAAAGCCUGGAGGGUGUGGAAGCCGUCCAUGAGCUGCAUGUCUGGCAGUUGGCUGAAAGCCGCAUCAUUGCCACAGCCCAUAUAAAAUGCCAGGAUCCCACCGCUUACAUGGAUGUGGCCAAGCGGAUUAAAGACUUCUUCCACAAUGAAGGAAUCCAUGCCACGACAAUCCAGCCUGAGUUUUCCAGCGUUGAGUCUGGCUCUAGAAUAUCCCUUUGUGAACUCUCUUGCAGAACUCAAUGCGCUCCCAAGCAGUGCUGCGGCAGCUCGGAAAAAAACAUGGCGGUGCGGAAAUCCAGCAGUGGAGCAGCCAUCUUGGGAAUGAUCAGCGAAUCUCCUGAGCACAAUACAAAGAGGACUUCGGCUUCUGAGAAGCCUGUUGACGAACUUAAAAUAGAUGUAGACACUGCGAUCUGAACAGCUCUUGCCAAUUUAAAAGCAAUGGCUACAGCCAGGGGAAGACACAAAGGGAAGUAUGGCGACUCGCUUCCCAAAACUGCAGUUUGGCAAUAUUGGUUUAUUCGCACGACCGUACACAUAGACUAGUUUUACAUCUGCUUUCUGUUCAAAAGAUGUGUUGUCAUAAUGAAAACGAUGCAGUGUUUUUUUGAUUAUAGAAAUAUUAUAAGAAUAUUACGGUAUGUCAAUGUUACAAUGUGUUUUUUUUUUUUUUUUUUUUAUCCGGGACAUUUGCCUUUGCUAGGAGGAUUACUUUUAGCACUGCAAUGUCAUUUAUGUAUUAUUUCUUGGGAUUUCCACCUUCAGAUGACUUGAGCUUACUGGAUUUUAGGUGACUUUUAUUUUUGCCUAAUUUUAUGUUUUGGGGAGGGGGGCGACAUGGCUAAAAAAUAAAAAAUGCAUCUCAGUGCAUGACCACACAAUGCAUGCACAUUCCUCUAUGCUACUAUUAAAGAAACUCCGGUGGACUCCUUUCUGCUUGUGUUAGUAGACAAUUCUGCCUCUUCUACACUGAAAUUCAAUGCAGUGUUAACCCUGCCUGAGCUCUUCCCUGCUGGACUACGGAUCACCUUCCCCUCUACUCUCCUUAAGCUGGGAGGAGUUAUUUAGUCUUCAGUGCAACAGAGGUAGCCUUAUCAGCCAACGACAGGAGGUUAGGUACACACUGAGUUCAUGGAAGAUCAACAGAUAUAUUUUUCUUUACUUUUAGCAUUUUGUAAAGAAUAACAAAUGUGUAUUUAUUUUUAGUUUUAUUAUAAUAAAAAAAUUAAAAUAAAAAAAAUGUAAGCUUAAUUUAACAAGCUGAGCUUAGAAGCUGAUUGGCUAUCAUGCACAGCUGCAGCGGGUUUUGCACACUCAAUUUUUUUAGUACAUCAACCCCACAGUUGCAAUAUGUUGGCUAUCCUUAGCUGAUUAUCUCCUUUGCCAUGGCAUGCCACAGCUUUGCUUAUAGUAUUCUGUAUUGGGUUCCAAUCACAUUUUUCCAAAUUUGUGAGAUUUCCAUUGUGACUUUGAUGCAACUAUGGAUGGGUGCAACUUGGAUCCGACUUUGGCUUUUGACUGUUGUAAAACUAUCACAUUGACCUUAAAGGAUAAGUUCAUGUUUUAGAAGAAAAAAAAAUUAAAAAAUAAGCCUUGCACCAGCAAUCGGCAGCUCACUGGGGCCAUGCAGGUCUUCUGCAGAUCGGUCGGUGCAUGGGUCUGCCUGUACAAUAAACAGACACAAUCCAGGAAGAAUCCAUGAACUACCAUGGUGCUUUACAGCGCUGUGGUAGCUCAUUGAGAACUAAAGGCUGGUAGCUGCAAAGGAUGUUGGGGCUUGUAGUUCAUUCACACUCAUGCGCGCACACACAGCUCUGUGAAUAAUGCGGCCAUGUUGGCAUAGCCCCGCACGGCCGUGCCGAUUUCAAAAAGUGGCAGCUAGUCUGAGGAACUUCUCCCUGUACCGCUGUCGGGGGCUCAUCUUUUACAAACGCGUCCCUAAAGGUGGACUUAUCCCUUAAGAUGUAACUUUCAUGUGACUUUUGAUUACAUUGCAGUCUGACACAGAAGUUGCCUCAAAGUAGUGCAGGAACCUUUUUAAAUCGCAUAGCUAUUGUAUGGCUUCCAUUGAAAUACAUGUGCAACGUGUCGCAUGACAAGUCGCAGCCCAAGCAUGAAUGAAGCCUUAUCCAGGGAGCAGAUUUGGGUUAUUCCAGGCAGCAAACUUUUUGCCCGAUUUGGGAUGCAAUGACCCAAAAGCACAGGUCAAAUCUAGAAAGAUGGCAAUGGGGCUGAUCUGAAAGGUGUGUCAAAGAACUUUUUUUUUUUUUUUUUUAUAUCAAAAAGCCUAAUUUUGUCUAGGACUUAUGAACUGACACCCGGAAAAUGAUUGGCUGCAGUGUUGCAUUAUAGUCUUAGACUUCUGACAUAUGUGGCAAUAAAUGCCAUCUGAAGGUGGAACCCCUGUAAUAGUUGGCUACUUUAUAUUUAGGACCCCCUUUUACACUGGGGCGCUUUUCAGGCAUUUUUGGCGCUAAAAAUAGCCACCCCAAUGUGAAAGCCUGGGCGGUGCGCUUGCAGGAUGAGGGGGAAAAGUCCUGCAAGCCGCUUCUUUGGGGCGGUGUGGGAGCUAUGUAUGCACCGCUCCCAAACGUGUUGCUUGCACAGUUGUGUGUGUAUCAAAAAAAUGACUGAGCAGAAUCUUUCUGCUAUCAGAAAAGGUCCCAUAAUAAAAGUAAUAUUUAACUGUA